AAGGCGGCUGGGACAUUUUAAGGAGUUUGCUUUGAGUAGAAUUCUUCCAGGUGCGUUUUUUUUUUAAUGUCGUCAUGAUAUUUGGCACGGGUUUAAGGUAAAGCUGAUGCGCCCUUUGUGCCCCGUGCUCGGCGCACAGCGUCUCGACGACAGCGGGGAAGAAGUUACGCAUUUCCAAAUAGUCGAAGUUUACGGAUUGUCCCUCUGAUUGGCAGGAAGCAAACGUAAUGGUGGAUUACAGUGUUUCCGAUGUACCAGAAGCCCUAUUCUCAAACAACAGUUUUAAAAUGGAGGAGCUGGCUCUAAUGGCCUUGCUGGAGUGCCCUCUGUGUCUGGAGAAGCUGGAUGCGUCAGCCAAGGUCCUUCCCUGCCAGCACACUUUCUGCCUGCCUUGCCUGCAGAGGCACGAGGCUGACCAGUACCAGCUAUUUUGCCCUGAGUGCAGCGCUCCUGUCCCGGCCAGGACCGCAGAGGAGCUGCCGACAAACCUCCUGCUGGUGCGGCUCCUGGAGCGGCUCAACGGUCCAUCGGGCCCCAGCAAGAACACACAGAAAUCCCGCUAUGCAGUGCCCGUGUCCCGGGAGAGCUUAACAGCCAGGGACGAUAAGCAGUACCAGGAAAGUCCAAACAGAGAGAAGCAGGGGAACAAUGAGGCUGCUCACAGAGCAUCAGUGUAUAGCCACAGAGGUGAUCUGUCAGGAGAGCUGUUCCUCUCGGCUGGUAACGCUAUCACACCAAAACACAAAGGGGAUGACAACUGGCACACCGGCGACAGUAGCAGUGCGUCUGUCAGUGCUCAGCAGGCCGUCAGCCAGACACCUCAGCUGCAGCCCCUCCAGCAGCUCCAAGCACCAGCUCUGUGCAGAGCACUGUGUGACUUUAAACCAGAAGAAAUGAAUCUGGAAGACAGCAGAUAUUUUCUCAGCUUCCUCAAGGGAGACAUUCUUACUUUCAUCAGGCGGGUGGAUGAAAACUGGAUCGAGGCCAAGCUGGGGGAGAAAGUGGGAUUCUGCCCUGAGCAGUUUACAGAGCCAAACUCUGUGGCUGCCAAACUGCUGAAGGGAAAGAGUCGGAGGGGGGGGGAUCUAGCAGAAUUUCACCAUCAGACUUCGAGCGGGGGCAAAGACAAGGCCACUGACACAUCCGGUAGGACUGCCCAUUACGGAGUCCCUCAAGCCGCCCUCAAGACGCCCGUCAUCAGCACGUUGCCCCUCUCCAACCAACGGAAACAGCCCGUAGCCGGAGGAAACAACUUUUAUCAGACAGGAGACAACAACAACACCUUCAACAGCUACAACCGUCAGGGUCAGACGCAGCGCCUCUCUGUGCCCACUACCACUCGGGGCCACUCUCAUUCUUCCAGAGUGAACUCUCAGCGAAGACGCCGCUCUGAUUCGCACAGACACCUGUUACAAAGCGAGAAGAAAAUGACCAGCGAGACUCCGCCCACCAUCUCUAUGGCUCUGAUGAACCCCCAGAUGCCCUCUGCCUCUGCAGACGGCAAAAACUCCUCCACACAACAGCUCUCCAUCAGUGUGUGUGCCGUCCUCUACUCCUACAAACCACGCCGACCGGAGGAGCUGGAGCUGAGGAAAGGGGAGAUGGUGGGCGUGUACGGAACAUUCAAAGAAGGCUGGCUGCGUGGGUUAUCGCUGAGAACAGGCAAAGUGGGCAUUCUUCCCAGCAACUACGUCACUCCUGUGCUCAGAACCUCGGCCAGACUGCUGGAGAACAAAGCACCUAAUGUGCCCUCGCAGUACAGCACUUUAUCUGCAAAGAAACACACAGCUGCCAAGAACCCUACUGUGUUCCUUGCUCUUGAUAAGGUGAAUGGUGAUGGAGCGAUAUACUCACCAGGACAGAUCCCAUCUGUGCCAAACGGAGCACACCAUGCAAUGUCGCCCACUGCGAUUGGAAAACCUUCCUUCUACGGGGAUUCACAGGGUUGGGAGACUGUAAGGCGCAUUUUUCACCCACACAGAGGCUCAAAUCGCACAUCCCACAUGGGCAGUUCCCACGUUCCCUCCAACUCGCAGCACUUUGCACAACAUCAGGCAUCUGGCUACUCGCCUGCUCUGCAGAGGAAGAAGGGCAGCAGCUUUGUAUCCAAUGCUAACGUACCGCUGGGUUGGAUGACUGAUCCAGCAGCGCCCUCUUCUGCUGUAUUCAUGAAGGACAGGGUCAGCACUACCCCUCAGUCAAUUCUAAUAAAGCCAGACAUGCACAAGACCAGUACAGAGAAGCCGGCAAAGUCUGUGCGGUUUGUCACAAAUGAAGGCUCCCCUCCCCCAAGACAUCGGACCGCCUCUUGGUCGUCAGGAAAUCAGGUUCUCUCCAACAGCCGACCCGGGCCCCUUCCUUUAGAAGUGUGGGCCCCAUCGCUCACACUGGGAAGGGACGGACCUGGGAUUAUCCUCAAAGAUGGAAAAGGUCCUAUUCUCCGUAAAGGGCUUGAAACAGCCAUGACAGAUUUUUAUACUAACCAGAAGCCGACGACCUCACAGCCGACGUUGUCAGCUGUGUCAGCACAGUUCAGCCCAAGUAGACACAGAGUUACUGCGACACAUUUAGCCCAAACAGACUCAGAGUUCAGUCUGCUUCAAGGAGAGCUUGUCCUCGUCCACAGACCGCGACCUGAUGGGCGGGUUCUCGUUACUCAGGAGAGCAGCGGGCAGACAGGAUUUUUCCAGAGCAGUAUUCUUCAAUCCCUCGAACGCCUCAGCUGACCGUGCAUUCCUUCUGUAGUUAUGUAUAUUUCUAAAUACCAUGUUUUAAAACUGCCAAGUGACUUGAUAGACCAGGUGAGGCGCCUAGAGCUGCAAAGGUUAAUGCUGCCAAACGACAAUUGGAAGGUGGAAGGUGUUUAUUUUUGUUCUGAGUUAGAGUAUGGGUAAAUUCUCUUGAAAUAUUUGUUGCGUCCUUUAAUGUCCAUGCAUGUUUGUUUACACAUGUACUAUUACAAGAUUUUGCACACAAAAAAAAAACACUUAACGACUGUUCCUCAUUUUAUACCCAUAUUACACGCAUUGUGAGUGCCUUUGUCAAAACCCAUGAAGAAAGUAUUAACUAUAUCUGUACAUAAUUACAGAAAUUAUGAGGUGAAAUACCUUUCUGGUAAUAAAGUAUACUUCCUUGA